AUGGGCUACGGAGUUCGCGUGGGGAGAUACCAGGUGGGGAAAACCAUCGGAGAGGGGACCUUCGCGAAGGUGAAGAUGGCGGUGGACACAGAGAACGGGAAGAGCGUGGCCAUCAAGGUUCUGGACAAGAAGAUGGUCGUGGAGAACAGGCUAAUGCAACAGGUGGUAGCCAAUACAUCUCCGCUCUCGUCGGUUUUCCCGACAGAUUCCAGAGAGAGACAGAGUGAGAGAGCUUCUUUGAUAUGCUUUAUGCUCCUUAGGUCAAGAGAGAGAUCAGCGCCAUGAAGCUCCUGCACCAUCCCAAUAUCGUCCGGAUACACGAGGUCGAUCCAAUGGGUUCGCCGAUUCUCUCUCUCUCUCUCUCUCUCUCUCUCCUUGAAUCCUAAUUUUGUUGCAGGUAAUUGCCACAAAGACUAAGAUAUAUAUCGUCAUGGAAUACGUUUCGGGGGGGCAGCUCUCGGAGAAGAUGGUGAGCUCUGAUCAGAACUGAGAGAUCAACCGCAGUUUCUCCCAUUCUCUCUCUACCAUCUCACUCUCUCUCUCUCUCUCUCUCUACAGUCUUAUCUCAGUAUGAGCGAGAAGGAGGCCAGGAGAUACUUCCAGCAGCUAAUCGACGCGGUGGACUACUGCCACGCCAGGGGCAUUUAUCACAGGGACCUCAAGGUCUGAUCUCCCCCGCCUUCCAAACCUGCAACAACCUCCCUCUUCCUCGCUGACUUCGAUCCUCCUCAUCCCUCCCAAGAACAGCCAGAGAACCUGCUCAUCGACAGCAAGGGAAACCUCAAAGUCUCCGACUUCGGCCUCAGCGCUCUGCGGAAGGUAUUAUCCGUCGCAUUACUCAAUAAAAAUUAAACCUUUUCUAUGCUUCAAACUAUGCUCUAAAUGGGAACCAGCCCGGAGACAUGCUCUCCACGGCCUGCGGAUCGCCCAGCUACGUAGCACCGGAGGUAACCAUCCGAGCUCGCCCUUUCGCUUCCUUCCAUGGCGACCGAGGAGAGAGAAACGGAGCUAAUCGGGGUGCUGUCUUGGGGCUUUCAACAGGUUAUCAUCCACAAGAAGUACGAGGGGGCGGCGGCGGACAUCUGGUCCUGUGGGGUGAUCCUCUUCGAGCUUCUCGCCGGCUUCCUCCCCUUUGAGGACCGUAACACCAUGAACCUGUACCGCAAGGUGGGUUCUUUUCUGCAAGAGAGAGAGGGUAGAGAGAGAGAGAGAGAGAGAGAGUGUUGAACGGCGCGUCUGUUGUUGGUAGAUAGCAAAAGCAGAGUAUAAAUGCCCAGAAUGGUUCGCCGCUACCCACAGAAAGCUGCUGUCGAGGAUACUGGAGCCCAUGCCGCGAAGGGUUAGUCCUCAUCUCUAUCUCUCCCGUUCUCUCUCUCUCUCUCUCUCUCUCUCUCUCUAUGAGAUGAGAACCUUGGUGGUGGUGCAGCGGGCGAAGGUGGCGGAGAUUCUGGAGGACGAGUGGUUUCGGGUGGGGUACGAGCCGGCGGCGGGGAUCCUGAGCGAGACGACGGCGGGCCUGGAGAACAUCUACGAGCCACUGGACGGCGUAGGGGCAAGUUCACCAUUAUGCUUUUGGGUUUUCUCCAUAAACAAUAAAUAUCAUGAUUAGGGUUUCGCAAAAAAAAAUGAGCCUCCUCAACAACUUGACUCGGCAGGGGAAACCCGCAGAGGCGACGAAAACCAGGUCGCCGAGCUUCAUCAACGCGUUCCAGCUGAUCGCCAUGUCCAACGAUCUCGACCUCUCCGGCCUCUUCGAAGAGCAGGUGCCGGAACCGCCUCCUCUCCCCCUCCUUUCUCUCUCCUCCUCGCUCCAUCAGUUCCCACCUGACGUGGGCCAGUCGCAUGCAUCUGCGAGGACGACGAGCAACAGAAGACGAAGCUCUGCUCCAAGCACCCAGUGAGCGAGACGAUAGAGAAGAUCCAGGUCGCCGCCAUGGACGCCAGCCUCUCCGUGGAGAGGAUGAAUGGCUCCAAGGUCAGACCCCCCAACACUUCCUUCUUCCUUCUUCCUCUCCGUGGAGAUGGAGAGAGAAACUGACCGUCGUGGGCAGGUGAAACUCCACUCGCCCAAGAAGCUGACCAGAUCCAUCUCCCACAUCAUGGUCUCCGCGGAGGUGAGCGCCACCCGUUCUUUCGUCGUCUUCUUCGCCGGAGCUCCAUUGUUUGCGGCGGUCUCAGGUUGGAUGGCGUUGCAGGUGAUAGAGGUGACGCCGACGCACUGCAUGAUCGAGAUCUCCAGGUCAGCGGGGGAGAUCCGAGUCUACAAAGAGGUAAUCACGAUGCCCCACACCCACCUUUUGAUAUUUUUCAGAGAGUUGACCCCCGCCGGCAGUUCUGCAAGAGCUUGUCGGAGAAGCUGGAGACGUCCGCCGGAAGCCGCCACCUGGCCAGGUAG